CGUUCACAGGAAUGGUCUGCGACUAAGUCGUGGAGAAUGUUCGGUUCCCUGGUCCGGUUCUUUAUAAUUCUUCAUGUCCCACCCAAUUAUUGUACCACUAUGUACUCUUCGUUAUUCGAAGUCAAUACGCUAUCGGUGUCACUUGGUAUAAUGGCAGUGCUAGCAGUUGUGUUGUGUUUCAAGGCGACCCCAGCAUACGCUAUGGCUCUCUCCUCUACCAUCCCAGGUCACAAGCCUACGCAAUCUGACUCUGAGAAAUACUUACGGGACAUCCCAACGCAUGUGCUGAAACGUCUCACUCCAAAGUCUAGAGCAUGUGUCGAGCGUCUGAGGACAUGUCAAUUGGAUAGACCUGACCUUUCUCGACAACCAACCUCCAAACUUGCAGCUGUGCUUGUUCUACUAUAUGAACAAGCUGGAGAGCUCAGAGUGUUAUUAACGACACGGUCCAAGUCACUACGUGCACAUCCAGGACAGACAGCGUUACCUGGCGGGAAAGCAGACGAGGAAGAUGAAAGUUUAGUCUGGACUGCUCUUCGCGAGGCAAAUGAAGAAGUCGGUCUUCCUCUUCCGCCCACAUCGUCAAAUAUACAUUUUAUCACGACACUCCCGCCUUUUCUCUCUGCAUCGCAGUUGUUGGUGACGCCCGUCGUUGUGCUUUUAUCUUCGCCGCCUCCACUCGUCCCUCUUUCAUUGCCAUCAUCGACUUUGGAUAGCUCCUCAAAUGCAAGCCCCAACACACCACCCAACGCUUCUUCCCACCCAAUCCUCACUUCCCUAACUCCCUCACUCACAGAAGUAGACAGGAUAUUCGACCAUCCACUCGAAGCGAUGCUGGACCCCCGCGUCUUGUUGAACAAAGGGGAGUCGCUCGUGGAUGUAGGAGAGGACUGGCCAUAUGGUGCUGGGGAUGUGUAUAACCCAUCUGAUGUCCGCCUCGACGCAUUCGAUGGACUCAUAUAUAGGAUGCACCGGUUCCGAACAUGCGCAUCUCCUAUCAAGGGGCUUACAGCUGAUAUCUUGAUUUCCGUCGCCGAACUCGCAUACGGGCGCAAACCCGUCUACGGACGAUACCCAUCCGAUUCAAGUUCUGGGUCAUCACCCGAAGAUACAGACUUGGAAGGGGAGACAUAUCGGGCGUUGGUGAGGAGGCGCAUGGAAGAGAACGAGAGGGCUUUUGCGGUUGCCGUAGAGGAAGGCGAGCAAACACGAUUGACUGGAAAGGUGGAUGGAGGCGUUGGGGCUAAUGGGAGCGCACUUCUGGCAGGUGCAUGAUCUGAUUCUCUCCGUCAUAGACUGACCGUAGAAUACUUAUAUGCAACCCACCAUAGACAUAGGUACCAUAGUAUGUGCUGUACACAGCACAAUCACUAGUCCCAUGCGUGCUAUAUGCACGUAUGUUAUGGAUCACGUAGCUGCCCAUUCUCCUUCUGAAGCAUUGUUCUUGAGCUCCCCUCAAUAACAGUCACGUUACUUUCCAAAGUCAUUCUUAUAAUGUCGCUGACGUCUUUAAGCUUCGAACAGAUCAUCAGGCUAGUUAGAGGGGCAGAUAUCUCGUAC